UGGCCCGCACACGGCAGAGGGUGCUAUUAUAAGGUAACCCUCACUGACAGGGACUGGUCACUUUGGAAUCUGCCAUUUCUGCCUGACGACGUCCAGUGAAUAGCUAAGAAAUGGAGAAUCACAUCCACAUUCGUGAAGACAUGAGUAAGGUGAGCGGGGCUGAGAGAGGCCUGACUGUGGCGGAGAAGCAGCUUCUCUCGGCCGCCGCUUCAGGAGACGUGGAGGCGGUCAGCGACCUGCUGACGAACGGCGAGGGGAACAUUGACGUCAACUGCAGGGAUGUGCUGGGGAGAUCUGCCGUGGAACUGGCCGUCGAUGGAGGUCACCUAGAAACGGCUGAAGUGCUGCUGCAGUACGGCGCCAAGCCGGGAGAGGCGCUGAUGUACGCGGUAGACAAGGAAGACAUGGCUGCGGUCCAGAAGCUCCUGAAAUAUUCCAACAAAAAUGACGCAUCCCCGCCCGUCGCCUUCCCGUCUGAAAUGACGCCGAUUGUUCUCGCCAGUCACAACAACAGUCUUCCUCUCAUCAAGGUCCUGGUCGACCAGGGACAGUUUAUCCCCGACCCUGCCGCCUUCAGUCAAGGCGAACACGCCAGUCAGAACCUGUACCGCGGCCUGGCCAGUCCCUACUACAUCCUCCUCACCAACGACGACCCUCUCCGUCGGGCCUUCGUACUCAGCACGGGAUUGGAGGACGUCGGGGCGACGACACCCGAGGCCGAAGAAGUCUACGCGGAAAUAGCCGAAGAAUGCCGAAGUUUGGGCGUCGAUCUGCUCGACCAAGUUCGGGACCGAGACGAGGCGGCCGCCAUCUUGAACUGUGGAGACGAAGUUUCACCAUUGACACACGGGGACAACUGCAAAGUGAAGCUCUCACGACUGAACAUGGCUGUCGAUCACGAGCAAAAGAAGUUUGUAGCGCACCAGUGGAGCCAGCGCCUGGUGAAGGAGUGCUGGUACGACAAGUACUUCAAACCCGCGACCAACAUGGCGGAGUACCUCCGCGGCUUUGUCCUGAUGCUGCUCACACAAUUCCUGGUCUUGGCUUACCUGUUUGCGCCGACGUGUGGCCCAGGGCGCUUCGUCCGCACGCCCUCAGUCAGGUUCGCCAUGUACCUGGCCUCCGUACUCACCUUCAUCAUCAUCAUCUUCCUGAGGGCAGAAAAAGUCGGAUAUGAUGGACCUGAGGGUGGUCAGCUGGCUCCUGCAGGAACAGUACUGGAGUGGAUCAUCUUUGUCUGGAUUAUAGGGAUGUUGGUGGAAGAAGGACGGCUGAUGGUGAAGUUGGGACCUCUGGCCAGCCUGUCCGCCAUGGGGAUAACGACUUGGCUCAUCAUCAUCAUCUACCUAGCCGCCUUCUUCCUGCGUGUAGCUUCACAUCACGGUGGCCCACAAGCCAUCUAUCGUUUCUACUGGAACGCGUACGACACGACUCUGAUCGCCGAAGCCCUGACAGCGAUCGGCGGCGUCCUCGCCAUCCUGAGGCUCCUCCCACUCCUGACCUUUGACCGCUUCCUGGGCCCCCUGGCCCUGUCCAUGAGCCACAUGGUCAAAGACAUCGUCAAGUUCCUCAUCAUCUUCUUCAUCGUCUCCAUCGCCUUCUCCACGGGGCUGAACGAGAUCUACCAGUUCUACGGCUCCGUGGUGGACAACAUCUGCCUCACACAGAAGGAAAACGCCACCUCGCCGCUCCAGAAAACUACCUGUGAAACUAAAAACGCGUUUGGCGACUUCCAGAGCUCGUUUGAGGAGCUGUUUUGGUCGCUAUUUGGACUCGGGAGUAAAGACACCCUGAACCUGGAUCCCAACCCGCAGGCCAUGACGUCUGGAGGCAAGCAGCUACAGGAGCACACCCUGACCAUGUACAUAGGACAGGCUCUGUACGGGCUCUACCUGGUGGUAGCUGUGGUCGUUCUACUCAACAUGCUCAUCGCCAUGAUGAGUAACUCCUACCAACACAUCGCGGACAACGAGACGACCGAGUGGCGUUUCGAAGUGACGAAGUUGAUGCUGCGGUACAUCCGUGACGACACGACUCUCCCCGUCCCCUUCAACCUCAUUCCGACUCCCAAGUUCAUCUACAACGUCAUCCAGAAGUGCUGCUUGCGUCAGCGAUACAAGCGCGACAAGCUGCAAGCCAAAGCAGAGAACACUCGGCGAUACAAGGAGGUCCUGUCCCGCCUGACCACACGUUACCUGCUGGCCCGGGAGCGGGAGAAGGGCGUGGAGCCGAUCUUUGCAGACUUCACACCUCACGAUCCCGUCGCCAUGGCAACCACAACCCACACCACAGGUCACAACAACAUGGAUAACGACGGUUUUAUACAGAGGGAGAGUGGCGGCCGUGAUUCGGGGGUGGCGGAUCUCACAGAGGCGGAGAAAAAGCUCCUCUCUGCCGCCGCGUCAGGCGACCUCGCCACGGUCACUGAGCUGCUGUCGCUCGGGGAGGGCAAAAUAGAUGUGGACUGUAAGGACGCUCUUGGGCGGUGUGCGGUGGAACUGGCCGUCGGUUCAGACCAUCUUGAAGUAGCGGACGCCUUGCUGCAGUAUGGAGCAACUCCCGGGGAGGCGCUCUUGCACGCCGUGGAAAAGGAAGACAGCGCCGCGGUUGAAAUGCUGUUGAAAUAUCCAAUGAAAGAACAAAACUCUUCAGCCUAUAGAAGCUACCCUCCAGAAAUGACACCGCUUGUUCUCGCAAGUCACAAAAACAGCCUCCCCGUCAUAAAAGCGCUGGUCGACCGCGAGAUAUCGAUUCCCAAUCCCGAAGAAGCGCCCUUCGACGGCCGCGCCUCAACCGAAGCCAGUCUGAACCUGUACCGCGGCCUGGCCAGUCCCUACUACAUCCUCCUCACUAACGACGACCCUCUCCGCCAGGCCUUCGUACUCAGCACGACGCUAGACGAUCUCGCGACGAAGACACCCGAAGUGGAGGGAGAACUAUCGGAAAUAGCCGAGGGAUGCCGAAGUUUGGGCGUCGAUCUGCUGAACCAAGUUCAGAAUCGAGACGAGGCGGCGGCUAUCUUGAACUGUGGAGACGAAGUUUCACCAUUGACACACGGGGACAACUGUAAAGUGAAGCUCACACGACUGAACAUGGCUGUACGCCAUCACCAGAAAAAGUUUGUGGCAAACCGUUGGAGCCAGCGCAUGGUGAAAGAAUGCUGGUACGGACCUGACUACAGCCCUCCCAGCACCAUGCUGAUUGAGUACCUCCGUGGCCUGGCGCUAAUGCUACUGACUCCGAUCCUGGUCCUCAUCUAUUUCGUGGCUCCCAUGUCCCGCGCAAGUCGCUUCAUCAGAACUCCUGCUGUCAGAUUCGCCAUGAACAUGGCCACCUUCCUGACUUUCCUCCUGAUAGUGGUGCUGAGGUCGGAGAGGAUUGACUACGACGGUCCUGGAGAAGGUACACUGGCUCCAAACGGGUCAGUGCUGGAGUGGAUGAUGCUAACCUAUGUAAUAGGGAUGUUUGUGGAAGAGAUGAGGUUGGUAUGGAAGAUGGGUGUCCGGAGGUAUCUGUCUGACGUGACGGGGAAAGAUGCUUGGAUCAUCAUUCUCAUCUACCUGUCAGCCUUCGCCAUGCGCGUUGCUGCGUCUCUUAUCCACGGGGGACCUCAAGACAUCCCCAGGUUCAGAUGGGAAACAUACGACAUGACUCUCAUCGCCGAGGCUCUGACAUCAGUCGGCGGCGUGGUCGCCUUCCUCCGCCUGAUCAAACUGUUCACCAUGGAGCGGUUCCUCGGCCCCAUGUCCCUGUCCAUGCGCAACAUGGUCAAGGACAUCCUCAAGUUCUUGAUCAUCUUCUUCGUCAUGGUCAUCGCUUUUUCUUCGGGACUGAACGAGUUGUACGGCUUCUACGGCGAUGCUGUCGAGCACAUGUGUUCACAGAGUGACAACGCUACUUCUCCGCUGGUGUAUACAACCUGCACUCAGAAAAACGCAUUUGGCCACUUCAGUGACUCGUUUUCUGAGCUGUUUUGGUCGCUGUUUGGCCUGGCAUCAAAAGAUACACUUGACCUGAGCAUCAGCGAUAGCAGCAACACAGACGGCAAAUUUAUUGAGCACACCCUGACCAUGUACAUAGGAAAGUCUCUGUACGGGCUGUACAUGGUCGUGGCAGUGGUCGUUCUACUCAACAUGCUCAUCGCCAUGAUGAGUAACUCCUACCAGGCCAUUGUGGACAACGAGACGACCGAGUGGCGUUUCGAAGUGACGAAGUUGAUGCUGCGGUACAUCCGUGACGACACGACUCUCCCCGUCCCCUUCAACCUCAUCCCGACUCCCAAGUUCAUCUACAACGUCAUCAAGAGGUGCUGCUUGCGUCAGCGAUUUAAGUCCGAAGUGGAUAAGAAGGAACGAGCGAAGGCAGAGAACGAUCGGCGUUACAAGAAGGCCCUGUCCCAUGUGGUUCGCCGGUACCUCCUGGUCCAUGAGCGGGAGAAGUCAGCAUCAGAGCCGAUCUUCUCCGACGUCACUUCGCUUGGAGCUAUCACCGACAUCGCCCGGCAUCGUGCAUCAGCUAACGGUACAGGACAAACCGGACCGAGAGACGAGGACGGCCUCUCGGCUAAGAUCGUCGUCAAGACCGUUAAGCCAACGGAAGAGAAUCAUCUCGGGGGAACCGACUUGUAAUAGUGGGGCAUAUUCUCAUGGAUUUGCUCAAGUUUUGAUAUUCAAACACUGACUGGUUGCAUAUACAUUUUAUAUUUUUCCCCAAAUACUCCAGAUUAUAAAGUGGGAGGUUGGUAGAUAAGUUUUAGUUGUAUACGUACUUGUCUGUAGUGGUAGUGAAAUCUUACCCUCUGUAAGGGGUGAAAAUGAUUCUGUGAAACCCAUACCCAAAUCCAUGAAGUCAGUGUACAUUCUCAUACUCCAGACCAGCUAAUAGUAAGAUGUAUGAAUGAAGUACUCGGAAGUUUCCUUCGUAUGCAAAUAUUGAUAUCGAUGUCUAUUCAGAUUGUGUCACUUGUUCAAACAUAAUCAGUCUGUUAGACGUGAUAUCUAGAUCGCACGAUUCUUGGAUGAAAAAUCCGGAGGUCCUCAGAUGUUUUCCCCACGCUCAAACACUACGUAAGAGCCUCACUACGUAAGAGCCUCGGUACCUAAUACCUUUAUUGACCCUUUAUAGCGUCAAUAAAUCACACUUGGGCAAAUAGUCAAAUCACAAGGGACAACAAAACAUAGUUAGACACAGCAUACAGAAGUCUUAUUUGUAGGAGAGCUCAAGUUUGCAUAGCGUGUGUGGUUCAAUGAUACUGAUAGUCCAGAGUUCGAAUCUCAGACUAUGUGAUGAGUUGUCCCUCCUCAUGGCUGGAUCAUGACAGUAGUGACAGUAGUGACUAGCGUUGUAGGAUAUGGUGACAAAAUGGGUGAAAGGGUUUUAAGCCUUGUUGAGUAGUGAGUAGUGUCGUCGUAUACGGUGGGAUUGUUAGACAUUUUAGUUUCUAAGAAAGAGUACUUCUGUAAAACGUUUUAACGUUUUUUUAUGGAAUAAAAACUGACUCAAAGUAUA